UUCCAAUGAGGUCAGCAAAGGUAUUUAUCGAAAAGCCCUGAAUAAAAGGCUCCACACAUACACACAUAAGAACACAUGCGCUUACACACACAGAGAAAAUCCUCUUGCCUGUUGAUUUAUGGAAACAAUUAUGAUUCUGCUGGAGACUUUUUCAGCUGAGAAAUAGUUUGUAGCUACAGUAGAGAGGCUCAAGUUGCACAAGACAGACAACAGACAUGGAAUUCUUGUGUAUCCAGCUGUUAUCAACAGAACAAAAGUCAAAUAGUAAACAGUGUCGCAGCAACUGAGUUUAUUGCAACCUGUUUUUAUAAGGAUAUACCAACAGACAGUUAUUUAAGGAGGAUUCCUGUUUUGAUAUCAGGAACAAAAUAUAAGGCUAACAAUUUGGAAAGAGCAGCUCCUCUUUCUAAAAUCAAUCUGCAAUUCUCACAUAGGAAGAGGUCAAUGACCUAGGAGCAACAAUCAACUCAAGAUUCAGUUCUCAUUAUGUUAUUCAUGAACACCCGGAGCACUACACUAUAAUGCACAAAUGGAUACUGACAUGGAUCCUGCCAACUUUGCUCUACAGAUCAUUCUUUCACAUUAUCUGUCUAGUGGGCACUGUAUCUUUAGCUUGCAAUGACAUGACUCCAGAGCAAAUGGCUACAAAUGUGAACUGUUCCAGCCCCGAGCGGCAUACAAGAAGUUAUGAUUACAUGGAAGGAGGGGAUAUAAGAGUGAGAAGACUGUUUUGUCGAACACAGUGGUAUCUGAGGAUUGAUAAAAAAGGCAAAGUAAAAGGAACCCAAGAAAUGAAGAACAAUUACAAUAUCAUGGAAAUCAGGACAGUUGCAGUUGGAAUUGUGGCAAUCAAAGGGGUGGAAAGUGAAUAUUAUCUUGCAAUGAACAAAGAAGGAAAACUCUAUGCAAAGAAAGAAUGCAAUGAAGAUUGCAACUUCAAAGAAUUAAUUCUGGAAAACCAUUACAACACAUAUGCUUCAGCUAAAUGGACACACAAUGGAGGAGAAAUGUUUGUUGCAUUAAAUCAAAAGGGGCUUCCUGUAAAAGGGAAAAAAACAAAGAAAGAACAAAAAACAGCCCACUUUCUUCCUAUGGCAAUAACCUAAUCGUAAACAGUACAUAAGAAACCAGUUCCAGCAGGGAGAUUUCUUUAA